AAGGCGGAAGACGUGAAAAGUUGACAAUGAGGUCAUGUACGAAACGGCCAACAGCAAAACGACGCCAUAUUGGCCGUUUCCGUCCGCAUCACUAAAUGCUCCGCCGCUAGGUCUCGAAUAGAUCUUCUGGAAUCAAAUUUAGCAACCACAAACGAAGGCACACAAUUGGCAUCGUCGUAAGCAACCUCGUCCGCUCCAACCGUUGCGAUUUUCACGAACCAAACCCGCCGUUUCUUUUUGGUUGAUCGAACCGAAUUUCUCAGUUCCGGAAAAAACACAAUGGAAAUGAAGUUUUACUUUUCUUUACCUGUUCUAGGCGAUUGUAGCUGCCAAAUUGCAAUGGCAGAUCAGCACUCUAAUGAAGGUUCAGUUUUGGACAAUAUUUUUGGGGAAUCUUCAAAUGCAAUUGUAGAGCUCAAGGUCAAGACUCUGGAUUCACAGAUUUGUAGUCUUCAUGUUGAAAAAAAUACACCAGUGUCAUUGUUCAAGGAGAGAAUAGCUAAUGCAAUUGGUUUUCCAGUUGGUCAGCAACGGUUGAUUUUCAGGGGAAAGGUCUUAAAGGAUGAUCAUCUUCUUUCUGAAUAUCAUGUUGAGGAUGGAGAUACACUGCACUUAGUUGAAAGGCAGCCAGCCCAAUCACAGCCUUCAUCUGAAACAAGUUCAGGAGAGACAAAUGGAAAUAACAGUAAUAGAGAUGUUGAGGAUGGAGAUACACUGCACUUAGUUGAAAGGCAGCCAGCCCAAUCACAGCCUUCAUCUGAAACAAGUUCAGGAGAGACAAAUGGAAAUAACAGUAAUAGAGGAAGUGAUGCUAGUGCAGGCAUUCCUCCUAAUCACUUUGGGCAGAUCUUGCACAGUGUGGUUCUUGGGACACUCAAUGUUGGAGAUCAAGGUGAAGGCAUUGUUCCAGAACUUACUAGGGUUCUUGGGGCAGUUUUAAACUCUUUUGGAGUUGGAAGCCAGCCUACUGCAACUAGUACCACUAGUCAGUUUUCAACCUUCGCUCCUCAAGGAAACUCAACUGAUGGAGUGCGUGGUGGCAGGCCUGGUGGUGAGAACCAGGCAGGAAUUCAGAUUCCGUCUGCACAAUCAUUUCCUGGUCAAUCCUUUCAAGUUGAUCCUCAAUUCAUUCCGAUUCCUCUUAAUGCUGCACCAAUACCUGUCCCUUCACUUAAUACGCCAAUUCCAGAUUCUUUAAAUACUCUGUCAGACUUUAUGGACCACAUGGAGGCACACUCUCCAAAUGGUUAUCAACCACACAUGUCUACGACUAACCGAAGAGAGCAACCGAGGGUAGUGUUACCGACCGAUGCACGGGGUUUGCCGACACCUGAAGCAUUGAGCAUUGUAAUGAGACAUGCAGAACGACUUCUUAGCAGUCAUGCUAUUGUUGCAUUGUCUCAUAUUGCAGGAUGUUUGGAGCAAGAGAGGGAUUCUACUGAUCCUGCACCGAGGGGGCAAAUUCAAUCAGAGUCGACACAAGUAGGUCUUACAAUGCAACAUUUAGGUGCCCUUCUCUUAGAGCUUGGUCGAACCAUAUUGACGUUGCGUAUGGGGAAUUCUCCUGAUGAAUCUUCAGUCAAUGCUGGGCCUGCAGUUUAUAUAUCUCCUUCGAGGCCAAAUCCUAUUAUGGUUCAGCCUUUUCCCCUUCAAACCAACUCCCUCUUUAGUAGUUCCAGUUCUCCAUCAAAUGCUCUUAAUAUAGGCCCUAUUGGUAUUGGAAAUGCUCAAAGGCACAUAAAUAUCCAUAUACAUGCUGGCACCGCACUGGCACCUGUGGUUUCAGCAGUUGGUAACAGAACAAGUAAUGAAGGGGUGCAAGGAGAACUUGGCAAUAAUGGUAGUUCUGGUCCAAUGCGGGUUCUUCCCAUGCAAAACAUUAUUGCUGCUGGUCGCCCAGCACAUUCCACUGGUGUAGUGUCUAGUGCAGCUCAAUCUGCAUCCAAUGAUUCAUCUCUAUCCUCUGCCCUCGUGGAAGUGAAUUCAAGGCUUCGAGACCUUGUUAGUAAUGUGCAGGGGCAGAACCAGGUUGUAUCAGGUAAUGAUGCAGGAACUGGACAGCCUGAUAAUAUGACUGCUAGUGGAGCAGGAGAUUCUAGUGUUGCAUUACCAGCAGACCUUCGUGAAACUGAAGAACAGAAGUCACAACGGCAACAUGAUGAACAUAGUAACAAUGCUACCAAGAGUGGCAAGAGUUCAAAGGAUGUAUCAACUGGCACAGUUGGAUGCCUUCCAAGCUCAAGUGGAGAAUUCUUGGUAAAUUCAGAAAACUCUUCAGCAAGUGUUCUGAGAUCCACCGAGGAAAAUGCUAAACCUGUUCCACUUGGAUUGGGUUUGGGGGGGUUGGAACGCAAGAGACGGGUCAACCAGGCAAAAUCAUCUCUCAGUACUGGAAAUACUGGAAUAAUCAGGUCUCAUGAUCAGAGCUCGAGUGCUAGAAUGAUUUGCCAAAAGAUUUUGCAGUCACUUACAUCUCCGAGCUCUUCUGUGGAUAGAGUGGGAGAUGAUGCUUCCUCAAGUAAUCCUGGUGUUCAGAGUAGAUCAUCAGGAGUGCGAACUUCUGAUGAUCAAUUAGAUGUUGCUAAUGCUGUCUCUCAAGUUCUUGAAAGCCCUGUAAUAAAUGGAUUAUUGGCUGGGGUUUCUGAGCAGACUGGUGUUGGUUCACCAGAUGUAUUGAGGAAUAUGUUGCAGCAACUCACUCGAAGUCCACAAAUCAUGAACACUGUCAAUCAACUAGCUCAGCAAGUUGAUAGCCAGGAUAUUGGAAACAUGUUUUCAGGGUUGGGAGUACAAGGUGGUGGAAUUGAUAUGUCACGCACGGUCCAACAAAUGAUGCCUAUUGUUUCUCGGGCACUUAGUCAAGGGGCAUCUGCACCUCUGCCAUUCCAUGCUGUAGAACCUAAACCACAGGUUCAUCAUGAUGGGAGGAAGUCUAAUGCAGCUAAUUACCCUUGUGAUAGUGAUUUUCAGGACAAUGUUCGACAAAUAGCUCAGAGGAUCGAGGAAUUUAAUUCACCUUGUGACGUCUUCCAUGCCGUUGCAGAAAAUGCAGUUCAGGUAUAUGGCAAUGGGAGGAACACAGAACUUUUGAGUGAGUUAUGUGGUGAUGAGGAUCUUGCUGAGGAAUACGUCGAGAUGCUACACCAGGACAUACGUCAACGAUUUCAGGAUAAAUAUGAGGACAAGUGCUAGCAUUUCUGCAUUAUUAAAAAAAUACAUUUGUUGAAUGAAGGUCUGCCUCUAAUUACCUCCUACUGUACUGUGGGGGGCGGGGUCAUUUUCUUUGUUUUACAUCGAGGAUUCUUGUAUAAGCUUUGGCUUUCCCCGGGGGGGGGGGCUUGUUUGCUAUUUUGCUCUUCCAUGAUUUGUUUGUUCAAAUGUUUGUCUUGUUUAAUUGCAUAUUAAAUUAAAAAUUGUCAUUAUAAGAUGAUAUGCUUCCUCGUACUCGAUGAUUCUUGUACGAGGGGAGGGAAAUUUGUAAUCUUUCCCUUUUUUU